CGCUCUCAUAUCGCCGACAUGGCUCGCUCACCGCCCACACGAGUCGCCAAAACAGUCAAUGAUUUCUCUGUCCUCCCGAUUCGAAUUCCGGCACAACCAGUAUUCCCUAAAGAAGCGACUCACUACCUCUAUGUCCGCGCAAAUGCACCGAAAGUGCCCACGGAGAACACUCCACGAGAAGUCUUUCUCGUCAACGUCCCGAUCGAUGCGACCGAGAAACACAUUCGAAAUCUCUUUGCGAUUCAACUAGGCGGCGCGCGCGUGGAAAGUGUAGCAUUUGAAGGUGCCAGAGUCGGAAAAGCGAUCAAUGCGCCGGUAGCGCCAGUACAGCAAGGCAAGAAGCGGAAACGUGGAGCAGAUGGAGAGGACGGUGCACAACUACCAGAAGAAGUCGGAGCGUUGCCGGAGGUCUGGGAUCGAGAAUUGCACCGCAGUGGAGGAACGGCCAUUGUGACGUUCGUGGACAGAGUCAGCGCGGAAAUGGCUUUGAAGGAGGUCAAGAGAGCUAUCAAGAACAAGAGCGUUAUCGUAUGGACAAGUGAGAAAGGUGUUGCGCCAUCUCUUGGCUCAGCAAGAUACCGCACACAUCAUACUCUGCGAUACCCGGAUCAUGCGGUUUUGCAGGCAUCAGUGGACAACUUCAUGGCAGCGUUCACAGCGCAGGAGGAGGCGAAAGCGAAGGCACUGGCGAAAUUACGAGCAGAGCCGGACGAAGAUGGGUUCAUCACUGUUACCCGCGGAGGACGGGUCGGAGCAGGCAGAGAAGACGAGGCGAAAGCGAAAGAGGCAGAGUUGGCGAAGAGGGACAAGAAUCGAAUCAAGGAGGACUUCUACCGAUUCCAGGUGCGAGAGAAGAAGAAAGAGCAGGCGCAGGAUCUGGUCAAGGGCUUCCAGGAGGAUCAAAGGAGGGUAGAGGAGAUGAAGCGGAGAAGAGGGAAGUUCAGGCCGGAGUAA